GAGACGCUGCGACGACGGUUUCAGGUAUUCGUCGGUGGCUGCCGUCUUCCUGUCUUGGUUCCAUGGCCGGCGUUUGCAGCAGCGCUGUCAGGCCUCGCAUGAUCAGAUCCACAGUCGUUGAGCUCUCAUCCAGGCCUAACCGAACCGGACCUCCGUUUCCGGUGGUGCGGGUCUCGACGAAGAGCAACGGAGUACGAAUGUCCAAAGAGGAAGGUCCGUCUUGCUUAUUUAUCGGACCGAUUGAAACCGCUAGCAAAGAAACCCUAGAAGCUCUAUAUCGCCAGGCUCGAGAUUCAUAUUACAGUGGGAAGCCUCUGAUUGUUGAUGACAUGUUUGAUAGAGUAGAGCUGAAAUUACGUUGGUAUGGUUCAAAAUCAGUUGUAAAGUACCCUCGUUGCAGUCUUAGGCGACAAUUGACUUAUGCAGAUGCAGAGGUAAUGCACUUCAGAAUCACUUAUUAGUUAAGGUUAUCAAUGUUUCAACAAAACGGUUACAUAAGCAUCUUACUUUCACUUAUAUUGCUAAACACUAGGUUUCAGUGGGACAUUCUGAAAAAUCAUAAAGAGAAUCGUUGAUUGAUUUUUACGCUCAUUGAAACUUGGUUUUGUUUGUGGAAAACAAAAUUUAAUCACUUUA